UCAUACGGCAAAGAAUCCACAUCCUUGUAACCACUACAAAUCACAAAACCAUUUCCCUCCUCAUUGAAAAUUCAUCUCAUUUUUUUCAAAUGCACAAAACACUAAUAACCAGAAAAAAAAAAAGAAAUAACUCUCAAAAAUCCAAAUGAAAACAUCAACAAUACUUUCAUUUCACUAUCUUCUAACAAUUUUUCUCAUCAUUCUAAACCAUACAAAUUCUCAAUCUCAUCAAAAUCUUCAUGAUCAAGAACAUGAAAUCUUAAUGAAAAUAAAACAACACCUUGAAAAUCCACCAAACCUUAGUCAUUGGACAAAAACAAACACCUCUCAUUGUUCUUGGCUAGAAAUCAGUUGCACCAAAGGUUCUGUCACAGGGUUGACUUUAUUCAACUACAACAUAAAUGAAACAAUACCCUCUUUCAUAUGUGACCUUAAAAAUCUCACACAUGUUGAUUUCAACAACAAUUACAUUCCUGGGAUGUUUCCAACAUAUCUAUACAAUUGUUCAAAAUUGGAAUAUCUUGAUUUGUCAAUGAACAAUUUUGUUGGAAAUAUUCCUAAUGAUAUUUUCAAAUUAUCUAAUUUGAAUUAUCUUAAUCUUAGUUACACUAAUUUCACUGAUGAUAUUCCUUCUAGUAUUGGAAGAUUGAAGAAUUUGAGAUAUCUUGCACUUCAAGUUUGUCUUUUUAAUGGAACUUUCCCUGAUGAGAUUGGAAACUUGUUGAAUCUUGAAACAUUGGAUUUGUCGUCGAAUAAUUUGUUUAAGAGUUCUAAGUUGCCAUUGAAUUGGACCAAGUUGAGGAAAUUGAAGGUUUUUUAUAUGUAUGACUGCAACCUGUUUGGUGAAAUGCCUGAACCAAUGGGAAAUAUGGUUUCUUUGGAGGAUUUAGAUAUUUCACAAAAUAGUUUAACUGGGAAAAUUCCUAGUGGUUUGUUCAUGCUGAAGAAUCUCAGUAGAUUGUUACUUUGGGAAAAUAGUCUAUCUGGAGAGAUACCAAGUGUGGUUGAAGCAUUAAAUUUGACAAUCAUUGAUCUUGCAGAGAAUAAUCUUACUGGAAAAAUACCAGAUGAUUUUGGAAAGCUUCAAAAGUUAACAGGUUUGUCUUUGGCUGCGAAUAAUUUGUCAGGAGAGAUACCACAAAGCAUAGGUCGUCUUCCGUCUCUGAUUGAUUUCAAAAUCCUCAUGAACAACUUGUCAGGUACACUUCCUCCUGAUUUUGGACUUUACUCAAAGCUACAAACUUUCCAUAUUGCAUCAAACAGUUUUAGAGGGAAGCUACCAGAGAAUUUGUGCUAUCAUGGAGAGUUACUUAAUUUAACUGUUUAUGAAAAUCAUUUAAGUGGUGAGUUACCAGAAUCACUUGGAAAUUGUAGUAGCUUGUUGGAGGUAAAAAUUUACAAUAAUGAGUUUUAUGGUAAAAUUCCUGAUGGUCUUUGGAGAGCUGAAAAUUUGUUGUUUUUCAUGAUAAGCCAUAAUAAGUUUAUUGGUGAGCUUCCUCAAAAAUUGGCAUCAGGUAUUUCAAUUUUUGAUAUAAGUUACAAUCAGUUUUAUGGUGGAAUUCCAAGUGGAGUAUCGUCAUGGACUAAUGUGGUUGAGUUUAUAGCAAGCAAGAAUUAUCUUAAUGGAAGUAUUCCUCAAGAGUUAACAAAUCUUUCAAAACUACAAAAAUUGUUGCUUGAUCAGAAUCAGCUAAAAGGGUUACUUCCAUUUGAUGCAAUAUCAUGGAAUUCAUUAGUGACACUAAAUUUGAGCCAAAAUCAACUCAAUGGACAAAUUCCCGUUUCAAUUGGUCAUUUAAAGUCACUUAAUGUUCUUGAUCUAUCGGAAAAUCAAUUCUCUGGCGAAAUACCUUCUAUACUUCCUAGAAUCACAGAUCUCAAUCUAUCAUCCAACCAUUUGACAGGUAGAGUUCCUAGUGAAUUUGAAAAUUCAGCUUAUGAUAGAAGCUUUUUGAACAAUUCUGGUUUAUGUGCUGAUACACCAGAAUUGAACCUUACCUUAUGCAAUUCUAAUUCCAAUCAUCAAAGUCAAAGCAAAGAUUCAUCUUUAUCUCCAAUUUUGAUUGUAAUCUUGGUGAUAGUUUCCAUCUUAGUGGCUUCUGUGAUAUUAUUCUUGAUUAUCAAACUUUACAGUAAAAGAAAACAAGGAUUUGAUAACUCAUGGAAACUCACUUCAUUUCAAAGACUAAAUUUCACAGAAUCCGACAUAGUAUCAUCAAUGACAGAACAUAAUAUUAUUGGAAGUGGUGGAUAUGGAACUGUUUAUAGAGUUGAUAUUGAUGGAUUAGGAUAUGUAGCUGUGAAAAAGAUUUGGGAAAACCGAAAACUAGACAAUAAUCUUGAGAAAUCAUUUCACACUGAGGUUAAAAUAUUGAGUAGCAUUCGACAUCGAAACAUUGUGAAGUUGUUGUGUUGUAUAUCUAAUGAUGAUACAAUGUUACUUGUUUACGAGUAUGUCGAAAACCGGAGUCUUGAUAGAUGGUUGCAGAAGAAGACUGUUAAGUCUUCUUCAACUUUGUUGUCAAGUUCAAUUCAUCAUGCUGUUCUUGAUUGGCCAAAGAGAUUGCAAAUAGCUAUUGGUGUAGCUCAAGGUUUGAGCUACAUGCAUCAUGAAUGUUCACCACCUGUUGUUCAUCGAGAUGUGAAGACAAGUAACAUUCUUUUGGAUGCUCAGUUUAAUGCAAAAGUUGCUGAUUUUGGUUUGGCUAGGAUGUUGAUCAAUCCAGAGGAACUUGCUACCAUGUCAGCUGUGAUUGGUUCUUUUGGCUAUAUGGCUCCAGAAUAUGUUCAAACAACAAAAGUUAGUGAAAAGAUUGAUGUCUACAGCUAUGGUGUUAUCCUAUUGGAACUGACAACUGGUAAAGAAGCUAACUAUGGUGAUGAGUAUUCAUCUCUUGCAGAGUGGUCUUGGCGCCACAUUCGAGCAGGAAGCAAUAUAGAAGAGUUGCUUGACAAAGAAGUAAUGGAACCAAUUCACUUAGAUGGAAUGUGCAAAGUUUUCAAACUUGGUGUGAUGUGUACUUCAACACUUCCAUCAAGUAGACCUUCCAUGAAAGAGGUUUUGGAAGUAUUGAUCAAUUGUGGUGAUUUGUUUGGUUAUGGAGAGAGGAAUAUUGGACAUAAUAUUGAUGCUGUUCCACUUCUUAGGAAUUCUAAAAGAGAGAGUAAAUUGGAUAUUGAUAAUAAUAACUAGCUAGAUUAACUUGUAACCCAAGUAAGUUUCAGAGGUAGUUAAUAUUAAUUGUAUAGAAUAUUAAAGUUAGAUUUUUUCUAGUUACACACCUAUUUUCCACGUCACACCCAUCAAACACAAUAUAUAGAUAAUACUUUUUUGUUUUUACAUAGUAUAUAUAGAUAAUACUUAAAUACCCUUAGUUUCAUAUUUAUUUUGUCAAACACAUUGUAUAUCUUCCAUUAACAUUUCAUUAUACAUGUAAGUUACAGUUUUACCCAUUCCACUAGUUUUUUAUUUUGUUCAUAC